UAUACUCCAAAUUUGAUGACUGAGAAAUAAGUAAAUACUUUGUUAUUUCGUGAUUUUAGAUUUCGUUAUUUAAGUGAAAAUCAUUAUCUAACUGAGAAGGGUUUGUGGUAUUUUGAAAUCCGCAAGUUUCGUUGACCUAAAAAGAAAAGCCACCGUUUUAGCAUUGUUGACCAUUUUUCUUUUUAUCUCGAUUUGAACGUUAAACGUUCGUUAUAGGGUAGCUUGAAAGCUUCUGACUAUUUGUGUGCUUUGCUUGAAUUGACCGUUAUUGUUUGUUUACGUUCAGGGGAAGUUUCGAUUAGCUUAUCGCUGUAUUGGCAAACAAUCAGUUUUUUUCUUUUAGAUUCAAGUUAUAACAUAGUCUCUCCUCCUUUGUAGGCUCUAGAAAGAAGAUUUUGAGCCUUCUUGGAUUUGUAGAAACAAAAAUUGGAAAUUCAUGGGACAAGCAAAUUCUCGUCCGCAACUGCCAGAGAAUCAUGACCAUUACUCAACCAGAAAUUACAAUUUCUUGCAUAGAUUCAAAUCAUUUUGGAAACGGUACGUUUCACGAGAUGACACCUCUUCGUUAAGCAACCAAACCCGGUCUACUGGGAACCAAGGCUCUCCACAAUUACCCAGUCUCCAUCGUACUUCAAGUUUAUCAAUUUUAGAACAAAGAUCACUUCAUACAGAUGGCUCGUCUGUUCCUGACGAGCCUGUCAAAUCCUCCUCUCAGCAGAUACCGAGAAACAGUAUUCCUAUAGGGAAUUCAUCUUUAACUCCGCAAAAUACAGAAUCAAGUAUGGCUGACCUUUUACGCAUUAUGCCUUCAAGGCCGCCUGACAAUUCUAUAAACCAGAGGUUGGCUACAGGCAGUGAUCCCCAAUUACAUUGCUCCAGCCCUUCAAUAAGAAAUGAUCAUAAUCACGUUAUAACUUCCCCUUUUCAUGAAUUCAAUGGAUCCAAUUCAUCCAUAUUUGACACUGCUAAUGAAACCGCGAGUGAUGAAGCGACUUUCCCUACAUCCGAUACCUCGAUUCCUGUACAUGAUCAUUCACAAGCUUCUGCUCAAAAUUUUCUUUCUAACAAUAAUACACACAAUCAACGUUCCACAAGUCGAUCGCCACUUAUUGAUCAUUUACGACAAUAUUUGACACAGGAUAUCAAUCAACACCAACCGCACCGCCAUUCCGUUUCCUUUCGUGACGGAGUCUCAUCAAAUGUUGGUGAUCGCUCUCAUUCCUCUGUUUCUUCACGUUCCGAACCUGAAAUGAAUUCCAACGUGAACAUGGAUAACCGUGCAAAUUCGGGUUUGCCUCCUGAAACUGGUUCGGCAUUUCAAGGAUCCAAUAGCGAGAAUGCUACCAGUAUGCUUAGUAGAUUACUGUCGGCAGCCGCCAUUGAAACUGCAGCCUCCAUUAUGAACAACGAAGCUCAUGGACCUGAUACAAACGCUCAUUCUGGUGGGAGACAGUCCACAGUUCGAUCUGUCGAUGGAUCAUUUGAACACUUUCUCGAUGAUCUUCGUAAUGGUAAUAUAACCAAUGUCUUGCAAAAUUCUACCAAUUCUCGGAGAGAUGCAGCGACAAACAGGAAUCCUGAAGGAGACAAUCCAGAGGUGCAGUAUUUGAGAAUGUUUCGGUUUCCAUCUUCUCGUCAGUCAAGCGGUCCGAACAAUGACCAAAAUGUGCAAGGUAAUGAGCAACCCGGACUUUCCCUUGUACCUGUGCUGAUUGUUUGUAUGCGUAAUAUCACUGACAGUUCUGAGGAUCCUACGCAAAACAUGUCUCAAGAUAAUCAAAGUUAUCAUGAGGAAUUUCGAGAUAAUAUUUCCAUUAACGAUAUUACUGAACGAAUGGCCCAAUCCACUAACUCUUCUAACGAAGCUAUAGCCUCAAGAACGUUACCUGUGGAUCGAUUCUCGAAUAUAUCCAACACAUUCGAUCAUUAUAGCUCAGCGUCAGCGAGAAGUGAGGCUUCUUUACUUGGAUCACCUCGCCAUUCUAAUGUAUGGCCUUCUUUUACAUCAGCAAGUUCUUCCCUUCCUUCUGAGUUUAGGGGUCACAAUGUGCUCAGAAGAGCAAACGAGCGACUCAGUUCAGAUUUUGACACAGUACAGACUCGGGACCAAUCUGAUCAUCAUCAAUCCACUUCAGUAGCGGCUGCGGACGAGACUCCAUCAUUACAUAUUCGGCGAAGUCAUAUUGGUUCUGGUGAUGAUGCCGAGAAUAGUGACAUUGAUAGGUUAGAGGAAAACCAGGGAUGGUUAAGCCAUAACAGUGGAGAAGCGUUGGGUUUUGGAAGUGUCGAAACGUCGACGAAUCAGCUUUAUCAAGAUUCCAUUUCUUUGGAUAAUAACCGACAUAACACGUCUAGAGGGUUUGGUUCAGCGGAUGAAGGAAAUAAUAUGGGUGCAGAACGUGCUGGGGAUGAAGAAACGUCCAAUGCUAAUUCAAACGGCGCCCAUGGCGACUGGCUUAUUUACGUUUUUGGAGGAUUGUUUCCAGAGUACCAUCCGAUAUUAACUACAGUAAGCUUGUUUUCUGACAAUCCUACAUAUGAGGAUUUGUUGGCAUUGACAAGUUAUCUGGGUCCUGCAAAGAAGCCUGUUGCAACCGCGGAGGAUUUAAAUCGUGCAGGUGGGCUAUUUCUGUAUCUGGAAAAUGACAAUAUUGUCUCUAAUAAUACGUGUCUGAUUUGCCUGGAACCAUUUGAACGGAAUGUAUUAUGCAGACGACUGAAAGGUUGCAAACAUUUUUAUCAUAAAGAUUGCAUAGACCAGUGGCUUACUACAGGCAACAAUUCGUGUCCCUUAUGUCGUUCUCGAGGUGUAAAAACCAGCAAUGAGGGAGCAAAUCAAAAUAUACCGGACGUUUCUUUUAUUUAACUAUUGCUUAGAAUGUUUAAUUUUCAUUGAUUAUCAUGUUGAUAGUUCUAUUACACUUAUUAUACUUAAUGUUUUUUCUUUUUUUUUGUUUUGUUUUUAUAUUAUACUGGCGUUUGUUUCUAUUACUCUAAGGGCGCUCGCAUUCGUGAUAGAUUAUUCAGGUCAUCGAUUAUAAGCGAAUGUUAAUGAUUUGGCUAUCUGAACAUAGACAUAGUUUUGUUGUAACACACAUCUUUUAUGUACUGUGUGUCAGUAUAAGGUGCUUAAAAGAGCUUAGGAAGCAUUUUUCUGGACAUAAAGUUGUUAGAAGUGAUUGUGCUCAUACCAUAUCCAUAUGUUUGGUGCUCCCUGACUUUAUUCGUAAAAGAUGCUUCGAUCACUAUUUACAUUGCUAUUUUUUUUUAGCUAUAGACCGGCAAUUAUGAAACUUAUACAAUUUCUGCAAGUUACUUCUGAGACAUGAGAUGGUCGACUUUCUGGAUAUCAUGAA